ACAGUACCGAAGCUGUGUUCGGUUUUCGAUCCUACCAGCAGGUAUCAGCUGGAGAUAGGCGCAAAGCCGAAGAAUCUAGAGCCCCGAGCUGCAGAUUCUUUCCUGCAGUUCACACGCCAGAUACACGCCUCUGGUACAUCGAUCCUUCCUUGGUAGAGCCGUAGCGCCUCUCAUUUCAGCUCUGGUGAUUACGAACGCGUCAGAGAAGGGCGCUGCUUCUCCGGACUUAAUAAGCUUUAUCUCCGCUACUCCCUGGACACAACAUAGCAGGCAUCGCGCAGAAAUCUUGCCAACAUGCCGCCGCAACACACUCCACCCUCCACGACAUCCUCUAGUGCUGGACAGUCACCUCCAGAUCCUCAAUUUAGAGUUGUGCGCAAGAGGAACCGCAUCCCCCUGUCGUGCGGACCAUGCCGUCACAGAAAACUGAAAUGCAAUCGAGCGCAGCCUUGCGACAACUGUACGAAGCGUGGAGAUACGGGAUCGUGCACUUAUGCCUCUAUAGGUAAUCGCAAGAAGAACAAUGUUGGCGCUGGCACGGCUACGUCUCCCGAUGACAUGCAGAAUCGAAUCGAUCGACUCGAAGGACUGGUCCUUUCGCUGAUGACCAAUGGGGCACAGAGCGCUGGACCCGCGGCUGCGCAGGCAGCCAUUGCUGGUAGCCUUAAUGGCGCUUCUUCGGAGCACCAGUUCGAUGUAAGCAACAUGAGCAGCGGCAUGAGCAGCGGGCAGCCAGAGUCCAUUCCGGAAGAAGAUGCGGGCGAAGAAAGUGAGAUGGAGACGGUGACAAAAUCGAUUGGAGUCAUGAAGGUCAACAACAAUCAGACCAUCUUUGCGUCUGAAGCACACUGGUAUGCCAUUUUGGGCGAGCUUUCAGAAGUGAAGAACUACUUUGCCGAGCACAAGAAACAGUAUGACGACCAGUUAAAGCGUUACAAAGCUAGUCACAACGAAGAAAGUCCGCCAGGCACUGGAUUCUUGUACGGUCAGAUGAAGCCUAUGUCGAGAUCCGAGGUCCUCUCCCAGUUUCCACCGAAACCUACCGCUGACAUUCUGGUGUCACGCUUCUUCAAUACAUACGAUCCUGGCAUUCACAUCAUACAUGGACCUACGUUCCAAAAGGAGUAUGAUAACCACUGGCUGAAUCCCAAUGAGACUCCUAUUGUUUGGCUAGGUUUAGUCUUCUCGAUGAUGUGCAUUGCACUGCAAUCAUACACAAGAGCAGGCGACGAACCACCGGAGUACGGCGGUAAAUCCUGGUCCAUGUCCAAAGAAUACCGAGAUUUGACUGCGCAAUGCCUUGUAAUGGCUGACAUCACACAGCCAACUCAAGGUAUGCUAGAGACUUUGAUUCUGCAUGUCCACGCCGAGUACUCGCGUAGCAGAGAUGCAGAAGUAGGCAUCUUUAUCAGCACGGGGAUUAUAGUACGACUGGCUAUGCGGCAAGGUAUGCAUCGAGAUCCGGCGCCAUAUCCUGGUAUUUCUGUGUUCCAGGGUGAGAUGCGACGGAGAGUCUGGGCCUGUAUCCGGUCGUUCGAUCUCCUAUUCUCUGCGCAGGCUGGAUUGCCACCGAUCAUGCGACCGCGGGACACCAACACCGAUGUCCCACGCAACUUGUAUGACGACGAACUGUUUGAAGACAUGAAGGUGCUUCCGCAGUCUCGGCCAGAAACUGAAGCCACUCCUACAUUGUUCUUGAUCAACCGCACACGCCUGAUCUACAAGUUGGGCGAGGCUGUAGAGCUGAUCGAUACCUUGACAUGCUCGUCGUAUGAUGAGGUGAUGAAGCUCGAUACGCAAGCCCGAGAAUUACACGAUACUAUCUCACCACACCUCCAGCUACGCUCUAUGGACGACUCAGCUCGCGAUACGUCAACCCUGAUCAUGCAACGCUUCACCCUAGAGCUUCUGUUUCUCAAGAUCAUCUGCGUUUUGCACAGGAAGUAUCUCGCAUAUGCUCGCGUUCAUGCACGGUUCAGCUACUCGAGAACGGCUGUUAUCAAUGCGUCAAUGACUAUGUUACAGCACCAGGCAACAUUGCACCGGGAGUGCCAACCCGGUGGUCGUCUACGCAAUGUCAAGUGGUUUAUCUCAUCACUUACAACCGUCGACUUUCUACUUGCCGCAAUGAUAGUCUCGUCCGAUCUCUAUCACACCAUCAGGUCUGGACAUCAAGGUCGCUUGCCGCCCUCAGACGACCAAUAUACCUGGACUUCUGAUCGGUUCGACGAGAUGCUUGAUGCCAUCGAUACAGCGGUCGGUAUUUGGGAAGGCCUGAAAGAGCAUUCAAUGGAGGCUUACAAAGCCUACACCACGUUGAGUGUCAUGUCGAGCCAACUGAAAAAGGACCGCACUACCAGGCAGACACAGGGGAGCUUUUCCUCGGCAUCCACCUUCCCAGCCAACGCGCCAAUGGAUGAUGCAAACGUGGCCCCAGAGCACUCUGCGGCCAUGACACUGGGCAUGCUUAGUACAGGGGGUAUGACACCCAACUCGGCAAAUAUGUUUGAUCAACGGUAUCCGGCUUCUAUGGCAAACUUACUGAACGACCCAAUGCCACAGCAGCCGCUUGGCAUGGCGCCAAAUUUUGGUGGAAACACGACGUCUGGGCCUGGGGUCGUCGAAAACACGUCGAGUCCAUUCUCAAACCUGUUUGGCGCGAACCUGUUCCAAAAUCUAGACCUGCCACCCACGGACAGUAUCAGCUGGGAUGCAUGGGAUUCGUACAUCCAGGGCCCUAGUGUAGAUGCCCAAAAUAAUUUCUUCCCCAUGGAUUUGAGUGGGAUGCCCAUACAGACAGAUACGACCGGACUGCAGAGUCCAGCAACCUCAAAUGCCCAAUCGCAAAGUCAGCGAACAAAUGCGUUUGGGCAAACCGUAUUUAUGGAGCCUGAGGCAAAGCCAAGUAAUGGUGAAGGGUACGCGAUGGGGUUCAUGGUAAACACGAAGCGUGAUUGAUGUUCAAAAUCGAUCACUCGAUAGUCGCCCGUCUGGGAGAAAGGCAGCUGUGGUGUUGUUCUUCAGUUGCCGAUGAACGGCCACCACUGAACGUUGGUUGAACAAAUGAUUCUUGUGGGGGGUGAUGCUCGACUAGCAGCAGAAUGU